CCCGGAAGGGGCCGGACCAGCUGGCCGUUUGAACGCUUGGCGGGCGGCGCGGGACGGAGCGAGGUAGGGCAGCGGCGAGGCAGGCAGAGCCCCUUGGUUCCGCUGAGCGUGGCCGGGCCGGGGGACCCCCAGCCCGCCUGGCUCUCCCGCUCCCUCGGGGGCUUCCCACCCCCAAGCCACCCGCCACGCGCGGCGACUCUUCUGCCUUACACGGAGCCGCCAGGCGAACUCCGCUUAUAGUCGGACUUGCUUCCGAGUAGACCUGAGUCGGCUGGCGCUGGACUCUCGGGGAGCCUCUGCUCGCGGGGUCCCCGGAAGGCGGCCCCAUUUCCGAAGGGCUGCCGAGCCAGGGCUGCGGGGGACCCCGGGGAAGCCUGCCCAGCUUCGCUCGCCUUUGCCCCCAUCUUUCCUCCAAGGAGCUCAAGGUCCUGACCUCGCCCUGCCCCCCAACUCCCCAUUUUAUCAGCGAGGUUCGUGGCUGACUGGAUUUGGAACAAGGCCCUCCCGGUUCCACGUUGCCGCAAACCUCCAGAGAAAGGCUUUCUGGGCUGGUUUGUGCCUGCUGACCUGGUGGGGGAAGCUGCUGCCAGGGCCUUGUGCAAGCUUGGUGCGCUUCCUCUGAACUCAAGGCAGGGACUCUCACACCCCGGCAUUUCUCCCAAGCCCAUGUUCUUCCCCCUGUUUUCUGUAUUAUGCCAUGUUCAUUGGUAGCGCUUUGAAUAAUAAUGGACUGUGGUUCCAUUUGCUGUGUGCUUGCGUCUGACCUGUGUGCCAAAGGGCUGCACACUGGCUUGUGUUGAUUCUGCAUAGUGCCUGGUGAAGAACCAAAGAUCAGGUACUUGCACUGCUCAGGGGUCACCUAAGAGUCCUGCUGAACUAAGCUAAAGACCCCUCUUGUUCUCACAGGGGCUGCCAGGUGCCUCAUGAGAAGCCUGCAAGCAAGGCAGCAACUGUGCCUCUGACCAUGGAGGGGCAACACAGUCAUCAAGGAUAGUAUCCACAGAAAGUCCAGCUCUCCUCCAGGAAUUUGUCUAAUCUUCUUUUGAUCCUCUAUUAAAGUUGCUGGCCAUCACUGCCUCCUGUGAGAGCCAGUUCCAUAGUGUAACUAUGUGCCAUGUGACGAAGUUCUUUUUGUGUGUCCUGAGGCUUCCAGCAGUCUGCUUCAAUGGAUGGCCCCAAAUUAUAAUACGGGAGCUUUGUCCCUGACUCCUACUCUCGACCUUGUGCAGGCUUAAGGUCAGGGAAGGAGGAAGAGCUGGGGAGCAAGCUGGAAGGCUGCAGGUGGUAGGGCUCUGACAAUACCAGGUGCUGAGAAUUGCAGGUGAGGAGAGUACUGCUGUUGUGCUCAUGUCCUGCUUGUGGGUUUUGCAGGUUCUUCUUAUGUUCUCCAUCCCUUGCAUUAUCUUUUAACUUCUAUCAUGCCCUGCCCACUUUUACUUACCUUUUCUCUAAACUAGAAAGUCCCUAAUGUUGCAGCAUUUCCUCUUAGGAGAGAGUUCAUAUACAGACAUCGUUAUCAUAUCUGAAGUUUUAUUCCCAGUCCCUUUCCUAAUGAUCCUUAGUAUGGGCUGGCUGGAGCAACUUUCUUUUCAAGGCUUCCCUUUUUCUCCCCAAGAAAAACACACAAUGACCAGCACCCUUGGGAGCAGCUGCCACCCGGUGGAAGAGCAGAGAGCCCGGUGGGAGAGGAAGCGCUGUCGGACGGCUAAGGAACUGGUGGAAACAGAGCAGCAGUACCUGGAGCAGCUGGGCUUGGUAGCCACGGUGAGAAGCUGGGCUGCAGGGCCCUGGACCUUUCUCUGAGCUCAGAUACUGUGCAGGACUAAGGGUGCCAUUCUGCUCCCAGCUCUUUCUUGAAGGAGCAAGCUGACCCGGCUUCCUGGCUCACUUUUUUCAGUGAUGUGCUGCUUUUUCUUUGUUGCUGUUAGCAGCCAAAUGGUGCAGGGAGAGAGACCAGAGGAAGGAGGAGCAGAAAGGAGAAGGCAGAUUCUCACCACCCUCAAGCCCUGAGCACUGCAGCCUUCUCUUGGUGCUGGCAGGGCUCCUAAGAACAUAAGCAGAGCACUGCAGCUGCAGCUGGAUCAGGCCCAAGUGGGCCCACCUAGUCCAGCCCCUUCUCAUAGUGACCAACCAGAUGUCCCAAAUGGGAAAUCCGUUAGCAGGCUCAGAGUGCAACAGCCAUGCUCUCCCAACUUAGGAGUCCCAGCAACUGAUAUUGUUCAGAGACAAACUGCCCACGACAGUGGAGGUGGAACGUAGCCACUGCAGUUAGUCACCAUCAAUGGGGCUGGGUGAUAUAUAUUAUCCAAAACCAGUUUAAUGUCCAUAUCAUGAUAACGGUUUCAUAAUUUUUGACUUGGCGAUAUAUUGUGAACCAUAAUGCAAAAAUCACAAUGUGGGGAAAACUGUGAAGGCAGCCAAUGUCUCUACAAAGCUCCAUCCUUAUUUCAGACAUGGGGAUAUGUCAGUAUAUUGCUUUGUUUAGCUGGUGAUAUAUCACAGUGUUGAAAACCGGAUAUCUCCCAACCCUACUGUUCACCUCUACAUAGUUCCAUCCUUAUUUCAGACAUUGUGAUAUAUCAGUAUGAAGAAGGGUUUCCUUUUUUCUAGCUCUGAGUCUUCCAACACUCCGCUUCAUUGGUUGGCCGUACAAUAAUGUAUUGAAAUGGUUUUGUGGGCCUUUGUUUCUAGCAGUUGGCUCUUCAAAUUCUCUUUCUUUCGUAUUCCCCUCCCCCCUUGCAUCCCUGAUUGUCUGCUUGCAUUUCUUUGGCCCAAGCUGACUUUCCUUUUUGUGGUCCUUGUUUGGACAGGCCUUCCAUUUUCUAAAGGAGGCCUUUCUGCCCUCUACUGCGUUCUAACUGAACUGCUAUUGCUGUGGCUUUGAACGACCCACAAGCAUUCUGGGUAAAUCUGGCCACCAUCAUUUUCUUGUUCAACUUCCUUCUUACCAGACUCCUCGCUUUUGGGUAGUUAUCUCUUUUGAAGUCCAAUGUAAAGGUGCCAUACUUUCUUGACAAUUGCCCACUUAACGUUGUGCAGCACUCUGGCUGAUGUCACUGGUUGGUUCAACAGCACAUCUCACACCAAGCUGUGGGCCCCACUUCAAGAUGAAGUCCAGCAUGGUCACCCCUCUGGUCAGUCACAUCACCAACUACUGUAGGAUGCCAUCAUUUACAGUAUGUAGCAAUGUUCCCCCUUGAUUGUGACCUGAACAUGCAUAUAUCCAGUCAAGGGUUAGGUUAGUUAGAAAAGUAUUUGUAUCUGGGGAGGAGUAACUGCUUUGCAUGUCUCUUGUUAGUACUUUGUGGCCAUCCUGAAGGCCAAAGGGACCUUGAAGCCAGCGGAUCAGGAGGCUAUCUUUGGGUGCCUGGAGUCCAUCUGCUCUGCCAGCCGGUAAGGGACCCACCGUGGGAGCCUUUGUUGAUGGGUGGGGUAGCAUGGGUCUGUUGGGUGGUGGCAGUGGGCUCUGAGAGUUUUCCUCCAACUUCCUGCUCUGUAUCCUGUCUGGUUCUGUAGCCCACAUUUUCCAAACUUACAGGACCUCAGUACACUGAGACACCUCCUGACUGUUUAAUAUGGGUGGGGGUAAAUGGGAGCUGGGUUUAGGGGUUAGCUUUAUGAUGGAGGCGAUUGCACCCUCUUAAAUUUUCAGAUUUUAUUUCAAUCAGACUAAACAGACACUUGGAAGUCCUCUUUGCAAGAACCACAAUGCUGCCUCUCAACCUGAUAUGUGUGGACUAGAGUAGGCUCUCAAAUGACAGACAUGGAUCUGUAAAGGAAAUUGGGGGAGUCAGUUGUCUCCUCAGAUAUUUGGGACAACCGCUGCCCCUGGCUGGAUUUUGGCCUUUGGGACAACAUCUUAGCUAGGCCUGUGCGAUGUACCAAUACAUAGUUCAAAUCCGGUUUGAAGCCCACAUUGCAAUAUUUGACCCAGCAAUUCACUGUAAACAGCCUUCAAAAUUCCAGAGGGCAAUAUAAUUGUGAAAAAUUUGAGAAGUCAGCCUCAGCACCUCCCCUUAACUGCAGUGUUGGUGCUUUAAGAAACAGGACUGCCUGCUUUCCUUCCUUCCUUCCUUCCUUCCGGCCGAGGCACCACAAUUGUGCUGGGAAGGACAGCUGAGUGCUGCCAGCCCAGCAUCCUCAGCCUAGGUGAUGUGAUCCUGCAUGUGGCUGGGAAGGAUGGCAAAGAGCUCUGCCAGCCCAGGGGGUGCGAACCUUCCUUCCUUCCUUCCUUCCUUCCUUCCUUCCUUCCUUCCUUCCUUCUCCUGGUCACUUCUUCUGCUCCCCCCCCAUCCUACCCAGCCCAGGCGCCUCGAUUGUGCACAUUGGGAAGGACAACCUGGUGCUCUAAGAAAGAGCAUGGAGAUCAUGCAGCGAAAAGCUUCCCUCCUGCCACAGCCCAGCCACCCCUCCUUAUUUCAGACAUCAUGAGAUACCAGUAUAUCACGAUGGUUAGCUGCUGAUAUAGCCUGAUGUUGAAAACCAGAGAUCGCCCAGCCCUAAUUUUAGCACUGUGCAAAACUCACAUGUGAACAAUGUGCUGAAAAUAUUCCAUAUGAACCUACCCAGAUCCUGAGAUCAUCCACUGAGUGUGCCUCCUCCAUGAGAGGUCCAGAGGGUGGCAACACAAAAACGGGUCUUUUCUGCAGUGGCUUCUCAUCUGUGGAAUGCUCUCCCCAGGGAGGUUCGGCUGGCACCUUCAUUAUACACCUUUAGGCGCCAGGUGAAAACGUCCCUCUUCAACCAGUACUUUGACUGAUUGACACCUGAUGCUCUUUUAAAUGUGGAAACAUGGAUUGUUGGUUUGGUUUUGCUCAUAUUUUUAUUAUGUAUUUGUGUUUUUAUGUUGUGAAUCGUCCUGACAUCUACAGCUGAAUAGUAUUCCUUUGGGCAGGAGGAAGCUUUGUCCUGUGUUGAGAUAUCAAACCCGACCCCCCCUUGGUGCAGAACAGAGCCUACCUCUGAAUCCCUGUGAGCUCCCCUCCAAGGCAGGAGAUCUCCUUCAAGGCAGGAUAUGCCACUAACCACAAGUGUCGUGGAUAGUCCCGCACCCACCUCUCAUAUAGCCCCUUAUGGAGGCUGGGGAGGGGGGAGCAAGGGGGAGCGCCAGUGUGAGGCAAUACUGGUAAAGUGGCAUUGCCCCCCACAAACUUCUUGAUUCAAGGAGCCCUCUCCCGCUUUGCACCCAGGACUCUGCUUUUCCAUCUGGAGGGAGGCCGCUUGGGGCUUGGCCUGGAGGGUUUCUGCCACCAGCUGGUUCUCUACGUCUGCUAUGCUGAAAACCUGGGAAAGGCCCAGAGCACCUUGGAGGUACCUGUUUCCUUUUUCUGUCCCUGUCACACCCUUUGAGCAGGAAUCUUGCAGGUCGCUGCUCUGGGCACACAGCCCCCCCCCCAGGCCUGGAGCCUUUUCCUGCCCUUUGCUGAUCAAGCCGUGUCAGUGAUGUUUUAGCUGUGAUUCCUGCCUUGCAGGGGGCGGGGCUAGAUGCCUCUUGGAGCCCCUCCAUCUCUACAAUUCUGUCAUGACCUGGGGUGGGGAGUGGGUGGCAGGUCAGCUAGUGACUCCUGCUUCUCCUCUCUUGCCCUUCCAGAGGCAGGUGCGGAAGAACAAACCCUUUUCCCGCUUCAAGAAGCUCCAGGAGUCCCGGCCAGAGUUUGGGGGCCUUUGCCUGGAACAGCUGCUCCCGCUGCCCCUCCAGAGGCUCUCUCGGUAGGUGGCCGCCUCUGCAGGAGGAUGCUGUGCUCAUCACAUCUGGGAGGGGCUCCACAGCCUGGCUGCACCCCCUCAGCCCCAGGGAGGAGGCUGCUGGAGGGCUGAGCCGGAAGGCGUGCACCUGCCCCUCCUUCCCCACCCCAUCUGACAGUGCCCCCUCUCUUUGGCAGGUACAGGCACUUGCUGAAGGAUUUGGUAGGAAAUACCCACCCAGAAAGCUCUGACUUUAAGCAGCUGACAGGUAGGAUAUUAACUUUUCUGUGAGCAGCCUGGGGACUUGCUGAAGGGCGGGGGGAGGGGAAUCAAGUAAAUAAUAUUAACUCCCUUGAGCCACAGAGGCUCCAAACUACUUCCCCUGGGUGUGGGUGUGUGCCUUGUCUCAGGUGAUGUUGUGGUCCUUGCAGGAGUUCUGAAGUCUGUCUCUGAGGCAUAUCACCGAGUCCAGGAAAUAUCUCGUUGCCGUGACAAUGCCAACCAGAUGCGCCGGGUUCAGAAGCUGCUUAAGGGACAGAAGACCCGGAUUCUGGCUCCAGGUGGGUCCUCUGCUUUGGUAACAGGAGACAAAGAGGCAGGGCAGGCAGCAAAGAAGCCACCCUUCAGCUGGGUAAACCACCUAUCUUUGCUCCUCAAACGUGGCCUUACAGGACGCUUUGGGUUCAUGCUUGUGUUGCUCUGGGAUGCAGCUGACGGGCAGCUCCUGGGGCUGGACAUUUCUGGCAACUGGAGCAGAGAUCAUUUGCUAGAGCCAGAGUGGUCUCUGGUGAUUCCACCCCAAAGACUCCCACCUCCCAUUUCUCGUCCUUGCUCAGCCCCCAUUUCCUCUGCCUGGACCCCAUCAUUCCACCUCCUCCUCCUGCACUGAUUAAGGCAAUUCUCCCAAUGCUUUGCUGCUUAGUUUAAAAGGAUAAUUCAGUGGGGAGAGCAGUGGCCUCACCUGAAAUGGAAUGGCCUUUGAGCUAGGCAAGAGCAACAGCGUCAAGGAUGCUGCUCAGCUCCUCACAAGACAAGCAGCCAUGGAGCAGCCCUUAGUGACAGAGUCCCACCAUCAGCACAAGGAGAGGGGCAUUGCAUUGGGCAUAGAGCGCAAGUUGCAUUGGGUGGACCACAGGGCGUCAUGGGGGGGGCUCUGAAGGGCAGCAUUGGAGCUGCAGGGUGGCACAAGAGUUGGUUCCUGGUACUGGUGCUGCAAGGCAGCACAGCCAAUGUCCAGUUGCUACGUCGCUGAGGACAGAGGAGCUCCCCGUGGAUUUGCAGGUUUGGGAUGCUCCUCAAUCCAGCAUUGCUUGGGAAGCUUCAGGCAGCUGUGACUCCUGCAUUUCAGGGGCUGGACUAGAUGCCUGGGCGCCUUCCAACUCUACAGUCCUAGGAUUCCAUGUUAGGGAUGCUGGCAACUCCUACUCUAUGGGUGACUCACAUGCCAGCCUCAGAACGCAAGAUUAUUUCGGGCUUUUAUUUGUUGUGACUUACAAACCUUCGCUUUGGUGCUCUUACCAUGAAAGGGCUUUCCAGGCUGGCAGUGAGGCAUCCGCAGCCACAUCCUGCGUGCACAGGGCUGCUCUGCACCCUUGUUGCUCCCACCUCCAGGCUUUAUCCACCCCAGUGCAUAGGGGUGGGUGGGCUUGCCCCUUUCCCUUGUCCUUCCUCUCCCUGUUUUCUGUGGCUAAGGACCUCCUAGCCAGUUUUGUCACAGAUGAAAAGCUGGAGGCAAACCCAAGAGACAGGGAAAGAUACUCAGGCGAAGGGUCACCAGGUCCCUGCAAGGGCCAGUCGGGCAUGAGAAGCCCUUAUGCCGCCCUGGAAGGGCUGGUGUGCAAGUCAACCUGUGCUCUGGCUAUUGUUGGUUUUGCCUUUGUGUUCCACCUUUUCUCCAAGGAAUACAAGGCGACAUACGUGGUUCUCCCUGUCCCCCCUUUAUCCCCACAACCACCCUGUGAAGUAGGGGAGCCUGGUAAUCUCAGCAGAUUCCUCCGGUGUGACAGUAGCAAACCUCCUCCAUGCUGGGGAGAAAGAGGGCAGAGUCUCAUCAAGACAGAGCCAUGCAUUGAUGGCUGAAAAGGCUGUGAGAGCAGCUUACAGGCCCAACAGGGUCCCGGCCUGUCAGGGAGCUGCCGCUCUCAGUGGGUCUGGGGAGGUUGCCUGACUCCAGCAGUCCCAACACCCCAAUUGGCCUCUGUGGCCCCACAUUUUGUCACAGGGCGCUGGUUUCUCCGGGAAGGCUGGCUAUCGGUGGUGCCCCCCAAGGGGAGGAGCUGCAGCGCCGGAUGUUCUUCCUCUUCUCCGACAUCUUGCUGGUGACCAAGCCCUGCCACCCGCUCCACCCCUGGAACGCACACAAGUUUGCCUGCCAGGCCAUCCUCCCUCUCAGGCAAGGCACGGUGCAGAAAGUCUUCGGUCACACGCAGAGCCAAGGGGGGCUGCUCAGUGUAAGUUCUUCCCAAACCCAGCAAAUUCUGCCUUGGUGUAGGAAGCCCUUGUCCCGACCACCUCACUUGGGGGGUCCACACCUGGCCUGCUGGGUAAAUCCUGUGGUAGCAGCAUCAGGGCAGGUGCAAGGGGCAGAGAGGCAACAAGCUGGCUGAAGCAAGUCUGCUGUAACAACAAAGGGGAGCUGCUGGGGUGUGUUUGCGUGCGCACACAGGAACAAGCACCCAAAGGUCCAAGAAAUGGGUGGGGAUGGGGGGCUGCUGCUCUGCCACAAAGGGCCAGGCAGUGCUUUUCUGGGCUUCUGGCAGGCCUCCAAGCACCCCCUGUCAUGGGCUGCCUUGAGAAGGAAGUCCUGGACCACCUUUACCUGGGCCAUCUCUGUGGCCCAACCUCCUGCCUUAGCCCAAGAGCUUGCCAUCUCCCAGCAAUGCUUCCCUUCUUCCAGGUCUCCUUCCCCCACAGGACGUUGCUGCUGAUGUCGUGUAAUCAGGAGGACUUUCAUGAAUGGCACCAGACCCUGUUGACUGCUGUCAGGUAGGCUACACCCCGCCCCUCUGCUGACUGUGGAGACAUUGCUAGGCUUGUGUUUUUUGAGAUCCAGAAUUCACCUCCUUCCCUUUCCACCUACAGGCAGCUGCAGAUGGACUCCCCUCCUGCUGAAUAGAGGACCUGCACAGGGCCCCCCCUCCUGCUGGGGCCAGACAAGCCAGGACCAGGCCAGUGGGUGCCAACAGCUGUGCGGGCUACAUAGAAACCACUGGUUACCAAAGCCACCAUUUCCCUUCUUUGGAAGCCGCAGCCCAAGGCCCAACCUGACCUAGCACUGGCCCAUCCUUGCUUUUGCUUCCCCUUGACUCUACCGGGAGACCUGCAAGAUGUCCAGAAUUGGCCUGUUCAUUGGAGCUGCUACCUGCAAGGCUACUCUGCCUAUUUAGGCUGCAGAGGCACCUGAGCCUUAAGCAUAGUCAGGUGAAGGAGCAAAAUGUCCAUCUGGCUUGAGCUGCAUCAGCAGUCUCACUCCAAGAUGGCUGGGAACAAAAGGUGCAAGUUUCCCUUGGCUUGAACAAGCUGUGACCUUUUAAAAUCUGCAUUUUACCUUCAUGACUGUAUAAAAAUGACAAUCCUUUUAGAAUUCUUAACACUAGACUGCUUCUGGGGCCAAAAACCCCGUGGGUCCGUUUGGCAUGAUGAAGAUGGUGAAGGCAUGAUGCCUCUGAGUGGUGUAUCCUGUGCAGCUGCUGCUCCCUGUUUAUUCUCUACUACUAAGAAACAAAAUCCCUUGAAGAAUCUGAUGUCCACUGUGGUCUCCGCAAAGUGAUUAAAGUCUGUGAUGUCAGCAAGCACAGUGAUGUCUUAAGCCAGGGGUGAGGAACCUGCGUCCCUCAGCAAGGCAGAAAAGGGGAGACCCCAAGAGAAAAAGGUUCUUCACGCUGGCCUUAAGCAACUUUAGUAAGUUCCUGUUCUUAAGGAUGCCCUCCGCUUCUCUGCCAAGGGAUAGCUGUGUGGACCUGGGAUUGGACACAAUGCAGCCCAAGGUUUCUCAGGAGAUGGGAAGCUACCCCUCCUCUCUCUACUUGCCCUCUGUGUGACCACCCAAGUAAAAUGCAUCUCCAUAAGGCAACAGCUUCCGCAAAGAAUUGGCUUGUCAAGUUUAACUGAAGUAUGUUCUACUCACUCCUGACACUUAUAAUUGCAAUUAUAACCAUUUUUACAUUGCCAUCACAAAAUAUAUUUUGAGAUUAUGGUUUUUGUGUUAC